AUGUUUACAUUAACACCUUGGGUUUCAACCGAGAUACCUUCAAGUCUCCCUCCCAUCCCCAAAAUAUUUAACCAAGGGCUUGAAGACACCGUAUUCCGGCAUCCGGGUAUCAGUGGCUCGAACCCUAGCUAUGAACGUCUCGAAUGGCUAGGCGAUGCUUACUUGGAAUUAAUGGCUUCGAGCCUGAUAUACCAGACGUUUCCAACCACGCCAUCAGGGAGGUGUUCUCAGCUGCGAGAAAUAUUGGUUCGAAAUACAACCCUCGCGCAAUAUUUUCGCGAAUAUGGCUUAGAGUCUAAAGCACAGCUACCACCUGACCUGAAGAAGGAAGUCUUACAUGGACGAGGGAAGUCAAAGGAUAAAGAUAUCAUCAAGGUCCAAGCCGACAUGUUUGAAGCAUACGUCGCAGCUGCCAUUGUUUCUGACCCCAAAAGUGGGCUUGCCAACACAGCAUCUUGGCUCAAAUCACUCUGGGCGAGAACAAUCAAGGAUCACAUCAUGAACAACGAAACACGAACCAAGGCUAGUGGGGAAGCCGGUUUUGAGUCGCAAAAUGGUGCGGCGAGCGCCAUCUCGAAAACAAACUUCACCUCCAAAGAGGCUUUACGAAACGAAAUUGGAGCAAAAGGGAUUCUCAUCCGCUACGAAGAUAUGCCAGGGAUAGGCAAGGACAAGGACAUUGGAAUGCCGCUGUAUACCGUAGGUGUAUACUUGGAUGGAUGGGGUGAGAUGAACAAGCUUCUCGCAACUGGAACAGCUCUGAAGAAGAAAGAGGCUGCCCAAAAAGCUGCACAAAGGGCAUUAGAAAACAAGAAACUUCUCAAGCCGUACAAGGCAAAGAAGAUUGCUUUUCUAGAAGCCGCCAAGGCCGCCGAAGAAUCCAGCCCGACAUCUUGA